AUGGCCUCCCACUUAACUCUUAAUCUCUUCUGUCUUGCUCUCAAUCUCUCCGCCUGCCACAUCACCCCUCCCCCUGGCCGCGCUUUACCCGUUACAUUCCCCGGGCUUGGCCCGGGACCGGCGGGCGGCGCAUUCCCCGCGGGGGGCGCAUUCCCCUCCGCCGUGGCGGGUCCGCGCGCGUGCAGCGAGGCGGAGAAGGCGGAGGCGGUAGAAGCGCUGCUGGCGACGACUGAGGGUCUUCGCAUGUGGCGGGGGGAAGAUGCGCGGAUCUGUCCUUCACAAAUGCCUGACCCUUUCUCCCUCCCUCCUCCCCCCCACCUUCCCCCUUACCUCCCCCCCUCCUCCCCCCCAGCACGAGUAUUAAGGGCGUGUGCUUACACCCGCACCCCAUCUCCGUGUCUGCCCUCUCUCGCCCUUCCGUCCAGCUUCAGUUGUCUCAUAACCCGACCCGCGUCUGAAAUAAACUCGCGUUUCUUUGCGCAUUAUCUCUGUCAUGUCCUCUUGCCCUCUUGUCCUCUUGCCCUCUUGUCCUCUUUCCCUCUUGCCCUCUUGUCCUCUUGCCCUCUUGUCCUCUUUCCCUCUUGCCCUCUUGUCCUCUUGCCCACUUGCCCUUUUGUCCUCUUUCCCUCUUGUCCUCUUGCCCUCUUGUCCUCUUUCCCUCCUGUCCUCUUGCCCACUUGCCCUCUUGUCCUCUUUCCUACUUGCCCUUUUGUCCUCUUGCCCUCUUGUCCUCUUUCCCUCUUGCCCUCUUGUCCUCUUGCCCACUUGCCCUCUUGUCCUCUUUCCCUCUUGCCCUCUUGUCCUCUUGUCCUUCCCUCGCAAACCUCAGAUGCUCCCUUCCAGGUCAACACGGGCAACUUCCAGCAGGCAAUCGACAUGUUCAGCACGAUGAUAAAGAAAGGGCACUUGGUGUCGGCGGCGCUGAUUGGCAGAGGCACGGCGUAUGCGCUGUGGGGCAAGCUCAAGACGGCCAUAGAGGACUACUCCAAGGCGAUAGAGGAGGAGCCUCGCAUGGCUGAGGCGUGGAGGAGGCGAGCACAGGCGCGCAUGGCAGAUGGGCAGGCUGAAGCGGCAGUGAAGGAUUUGAGCCGCGUGGUAGAGCUGGAGCCGCACAACAUGCAGGCCUACAACGAACGAGCAAUGGCGCACCUGAGGGCGAAGGCGAACUGGGAUGCAGUGCGGGACAUCAAGUACGUGCUUCAGAAGGACCCCUCCAACGCCUUCGCCAUCACUCACCUGGGCCAAGCCUAUCUAUCAGGUGGCGACUGUGACAUGGCAGUUGAAGCAUUCCAGAAGGCUUUGAAGCGCGAUGGCAACAACAGGGACGUGCUGCUGCAGCUGGCGCAGUCUCAGCGCGAGCUGGGGCACGUGGAGGACGCAGAGAAGACCUACCUCAAGGCGCUGAGGCUCGACCCGCGCCACCCGCAGGCGUACCGCGUGUACAGCCAGUUCAAGCAGGCCAUGGGGGACCACAGGAGCAGCUACAUGCGGGCGCUGAGGAUCGACCCGUGGCACCCGCUGGCGUACCGCGUGUACAGCCAGUUCAAGCAGGCCAUGGGGGACCACAGCUAUCUUCAGGCGCUGAACAUUGACCCGCGCCACCCGCAGGCGUACCGCGUGUACAGCUA